CUCGCCGACCCAUUUCGCGAAGUUCAAAUGGAUGGAACUGCUGGAAACGUUCAAAUCGCUUAUAAAUCUUACUUGAACCGGAUAUCUUCUCUCUGCAAAGAUGGCGAACUACGAGAAGCUGUGGAGUUGCUGAUAUGGAAUUAUGAAAUAUCUCAGUUAGACCUGAUGUACACGGAAAACUCUUUCAGCGCUGCGUUUACGAGAGAGUUCAUUGCAAAGAAUGACUACGUCGACACCAAAUCGGUGGUCUUCUACUCAGAAUUCAACGAUCAGACCAAAUUGAGAUUAGAAAUUAGAAUCGGCUUUGAUGAAGAAGCUUGGGUGUGUUUUUGUGAGAUGCACGAAAUUGAGCUUGUUGUGGACAAUUUUGUUAUUCCAAUUUCCUUGAAGGUUUCUGGUGCUCUGCAGUGGAUUCGAUUAGGAAAAGCAGUACAUGGCUGUGCAAUCAAGAUGGGUCGAGGCGCGCGUAUCGAUGUUGCUGGUAAAUGUGUGUGAUGCGGAGAUGCAAAGGUGUUUGAUAAAAUUCCCGAGAGAGAUAUAGUAGCUUGGAAUUCGAUGAUUGUUAAUGUUACUCGGAGUGGACUUAAUGCGGAAGCGAUCAAGAUGUUUUAUCAAGUUGCUGAACCUACUCAAGGUGACUAUCAAGUUCUCUUUCAGCUUCGGCUAAUGUAAGUGUGAUCA